AUUGAUGAAAACAACAAAGGACUGAAGGAUGUGGAAUAUAAUAAAGAACAUUCACAUUCAAGAGGAUUUAACGACUCCUUAGAGAUUUCUAAUGGCACCUGGCAUUUUCUGAAGAUUAAACAUGCUACACACUUCAGUAGUGGAACUUAUAAAUGUAUCUUACUGGCACCAGUUAGAGAAUACAACCAAAGUACAAUUAUACUCAGAGUAAUAGGCUGUCCAGAGGAAUUGCAAAACCUGAAACGCAAAAAAUACACAACAGAACUUGUCCUGCUCAGCUCUAUUGGGAGCUUCUAUUUGUUACUUAUCAUCCUUACUUGU